UCAUCAUUUAUUAAUUAUCCGAUCACAAGCAGAACAAAAUCCUUUCUUUCCUCCUCUUUCUCUCUGGAAACAAAAAAAACACCCUAAAAACUGCCCUAAAUUCGUUAAAGUUCGUUGCUUUUUUACUUGAAUCAAUCGCGUUUCGAUCGGAGAUGGCGGAUGUGAAGACUUGAGUCUUGAAUCGGGGGCUGUUUCUACUUGAUUCAGGUUAGGGCAAAAGAAACAGCCUGGGGUUAUGAUCGUGAGAUACCGUGAUCUAGGGUUUGGUCUCGAUCGGUUGUCACUGAUUGCUUCUCUAGGGUUUUGGGAUGAGGAGUGAGGGGCAGAAGCCUCAAGGAUCCGGGCGAAGCAACAAUGGAUUCUUGAGGAGCUUCUCGAGUUACCUGAGGAGCGGCGCUUCGACGGUGGCGUCGACGGUGAAAUCGGCGGGCGUAUCGGUGGCUUCGUCGAUUGCUGAUCGUGAUGAGGAUGCUUCUCGUGAUCAGGUACUCUGGGCUGGAUUUGACAAACUAGAAUGUGAAGGUGGUGUCCUGCGGCAAAUUCUCUUGCUGGGUUAUAGGUCUGGUUUUCAGGUUUGGGAUGUUGAGGAUGCCGAUGAUGUCCGGCUAUUAGUUUCUAGACAUGAUGGUCCAGUUUCUUUACUGCAAAUGCUAAAGAAACCUGUUGGAUGGAAAAGUUCUAGGGACGAAUUUGCUGACGUUCGCCCAUUGCUGGUUGUUGCUGGAGAUCUAUCUUUUUCUGGCAGUGAUAAUAAUUCUGAUGAUGGUAUCUUUCCUUGCAAUGGAAGUGCAGGUUCUGCCCUGGAGCUGGGUAAUGAGAACUUGCUGCCUACGCUUGUUCACUUUUAUUCAUUAAGGACACAUGAAUAUGUUCAUGUUUUGAAGUUCAGAACAGCAGUUUUUUCAGUGAGGUCUAGUCCUCGUAUUGUAGCUGUUUCUCAAGCUGCUCAGAUUCAUUGCUUUGAUGCUGGAACUUUAGAGAGAGAAUACACAACUCUCACAUCUCCUAUAGUUUUGGGAAGUCCUGGUUCUGGGGGUAUUGGUUAUGGACCGCUUGCAAUUGGUCCCAGGUGGUUUGCAUACAGUGGAAAUCCAGUUGUUGUUUCAAAUACUAGCCGUGUAAGUCCACAACACCUGACUACUGCUUCAAGUUUGUCCCAAUUUCCUUCUGAUGGAAGUUUGGUGGCGCAUUUUGCAAAAGAAUCAGGCAAACAUCUUGCAGCAGGUAUUGUAAGCCUUGGAGAUAUUGGGUACAAGAAGCUCUCGAGGUAUUGCUCUGAAUUAAUAGCUGAUGACAAUGGCUAUCUAAAGCAUGGGAGUUCCAGCUUUAAAGCUAAUGGUGCAACGAAUCUUCACGUGUCUGAUGUAGACAAUGUUGGAAUGGUUAUUGUCCGAGACAUUGUUCUCAAAUCUGUUAUUGUGCAAUUUAGGGCGCACAAAAGUCCUAUUGCUGCAUUAUGUUUUGAUCCAAGUGGGACUUUACUAGUCACCGCAUCCAUUAGUGGGCAUAAUAUUAACGUGUUCCGGAUCAUUCCUUCUCCGCAUUAUAGUUCAUCACAUUCUGAUGCAAUGGGGACUUGCAUUCAUCUUUACAGGUUGCAGCGUGGCAUCACAAAUGCGGUUAUACAAGAUAUCAGUUUUAGUGUUGACAGCCAACAGAUAGUGAUCAGCUCGUCUAGGGGAACCAGUCAUUUAUUUUCUAUUCCUCCGUCUGCAGGAUCUGCGAACAUCCAGGUUUCUGAUACCAAUUUGAUACUUGGUGGCUAUUCACCAGAUUUGACAUCAAGGACUGGUGCUCAGAGCUCAGUUCCAUCUAUUAAUUCCAAAAAUGAAAGCCUUUCUUAUCCAUGUGGAAAUCCAGUUACAAUAUCAGCUAUGAGCAGAAUAAGGAAUGGCAAUGGAUGGAAAGGCACUGUAACUGGCGCUGCAGCUACUGCUGCAGGUCGUGCAAGUGCUCUUUCUGGAGCCAUUGCUUCUGUCUUCCACAACUGCAGGGGGUCUAGGCUAUACCCUGACUUCAACUCGUUGAGGGUAAAAUACCACUUGCUUGUUUUCUCUCCAACUGGAAGCAUUAUUCAGUAUGUAUUGAGACAGUCAACUGAGGAAGAUAUUGGCAUUGACAUGUCUGGGUUAGGUGCAGUUUCUAGUGGAUUGUCACAGGAAUCUGAUUCGAAGAUUAUGGUGGAGCCACUUCAAAAGUGGGAUGUUUGUCAUAAAAGGAAUAGAAGAGAUCGCGUUGAUUCUGUUGAUGUUUAUGGUGAACAUGGCAACGGAGAAAGCUCCAAGUUUCUCCAUAAAGUGGUAAAAAAAGGAACAAGUGUCUAUCCCAUUGACAGCGGUUUAGGCACAAAAGUGAAAAAGAAUGCCGAAGGAAACCAUCACAAGUAUAUAUCCGAGGUUGAGUUGCAUAUGCGUUCGACUCAUAUUCCUUUGUGGGGAAAGCCUGGGAUAUACUUUCAGGUGAUGAUGGGUGAGGACAUCAUUACAGACAAUGACAGUGUUAUGGGUGGAGAAAUCGAGAUAGAGAGAGUUCCAACUCGAACAAUUGAUGCUAGGUCAAAGGAACUCAGACCAGUCUUUGACUAUCCUCAAUUACCAAGAUUCCAACCAUCAAGGUUCAGUGCUUUUGAUUAUAGCGGAAAUGGAUUGCUAAUGCAUCAAAAACCUGGAAUUUCCAAGGAUGGAUGGCUUUCACGCAGAAGCAGCUGUAGCUCUCUUGACCACAUAUCUGAAAGUUCCGCAGCAGGAGAGCAUCCCAAUACCAUGAAUAAGAAUUGUACGGGUACUUUUCAUAUAUCUGCAGAAACCGGACAGGAAUUUGUAAACAAUGACGAGGACAGCCAGAAUGUGAAAGACGAUCUUGAGUUUGUAAAUAACAGAGACGGCCUGAAGAUGGGACCCAGUCUCGAGUGUGUAAAUAGUAAGGAAAACCUGAAGAUGGAAAACCACUUAGUGGAUCACGACAAUGACAUCUUCUAAGAUUGAAUGAAUUGUCGAGGCUUGACGUGGUUAGAUCUUCAGUGUGUGCAGCAGCUAUUCUUUCAUUCUCUCAAAAUGCAUUUUAACUUGUGUUUAUAUAUGUAUAGUAGUGGUUAAAUGUAAAGCAAAGAGGGAUUCGUCUAUGAAGAGAUUGCAUUGGGGAUAAAUUCCAUUCUGGGUGUACCUUUGUAAUCAGAUAUUUCUACAUUAAGUUUGCAAUAAUCGAGUGUAGUAGCGAUUUAAGUGCUACCAUGUAUGGAUAUAUAUACUAAUGAUGCAGCUAUAAAAGUAGAAAGCUCUUUCUGUUUG